UCAAUUCCCGUUUCUCGCUCGUCAUCCCACCCAUUUUCAAUAAACAAACUGGAUCCCUUCAUCUUUAAGACCAACUCCACUACGUUCAAGUUCCCUUCUGGGAGGGGGCCACCUCGGCCGCGAUGCAAACGGAAAACCCUCAGCAUGCGCCGCCGUCUCGUUACCGCACGAUUCGGAGGAAACUGGGGCAUCAUUCGAUCAACUCUCAACCACCACCAGCACCAGUACCGCAGCACCAACAACCGCCAAAACCGGUAGCCGCCCCUCUGAUUGAUUCCGUUGGGCCUCCGAAGCCAGUAGUUGAGCAGCCCCUUGCUCGAAACCCUUCCAAGUUUAGGAAGAUUUUACGGCUGAAUACGAAAGAUGUACCUCCUGUUCCCGUUCCACCCAUUCCCCCUACAGCAACUGCCCCACACAGUGGCAAGCUCACGAAGCCAUCGCAUUCCCCGCCAAAGCCGACCCCGAGGUUUGGAAGGAGAAGGGGAAAGUCUACUAGAGCUAUGGGCGAGUCCUCUACGGAAGAGGAAGCUGGGGGCGCGGGCCGCCGUGGGGAGAAUAUGGCCCAGAACUAUGACAUAAAGGUCCCAGUCAAUUCUUCUAGAGGCACAGAACCUAUUGGCAUCCUCAACUCCACUGAUGUCGAGUCUUUUCUGUCGCAUGUGAGGCCUGGGAAACAGCGGAUUGUUGUUGAGAGUUGGCCGAUCUUUGGAUUGCAGCGUCAAAUUCGGUAUUUCGAGAAGCUUAGCGAUGUCCACAGCACCUGGGAAAUUGAAACGAAGUGUCAUUUUCGCAUCGAGAAGAAUGUCUGGGGCCAGACCGGUGAGCGUCUUGAAGAUUAUGCGGCGGAAGAGCCUUCCAGUGGAGUUGCUCAAUUCCACUACUAUGUCCAGGCCGAUAAAAAAUGGUCGAAGCGUUGGAUAAAAUUGGACGGCGGAGCGAUCAAGAUUUCCAAGAAGGAUAAGCCGAGCGAGAAGGACUUUACGCAGACCAUCAAUCUUGACUCGUUCGAUAUUUACAGCUUUGUCAACGCUUUUUCUCCAGAGAGUAAACUGAAAUGUCCUACAAAGUACUGUUUUGCACUGAAAUCGCAGCAUAAGAUGAGCUUGUUUGGGAAAGAUUCGGUUUAUUGCCACUACCUCUCUGCCGAGAGCGCAUCGCAGUUGAGUCGAUGGUUUGCGAUGAUUAGGGAUUCGAAGGCUCGAUUGAUCGCGGAGAAGCUUUCAAUUGUUCCUUGGGCAGCUGAGCCGGAGAUUAAGGCAGAGCUGUCCGUUAGUCAUAAAAGUACCUCUUCUGGCAGUCUUGGGGGCAGGCGCAGGCCCAGACCCUUGAUUUCUCCAGAGGAGCUCGCCCAGCCACCUUCCGAUGCUCAGAAACCCAAGUCGCUACAUAGCGCCAAAUCCAUUAGGAAACCCUCUGGGAGGCAGAGGAGUUGUUCUGGAAGGUCGCCACAAAUUGGUGGAAGUGUCUCGGAUGGGGAAGCAGUGUUUUCACCUGGUGGUCUCCUGGGUUCGGAUUAUGAGGACAAGAAACGCGUCGCCCAACUUAAUUACAGAGAGGAGCGCGCGAAGCCCUGUAAUGAGUUUUCCGGUCUGUUGACCCCCCAAUCGCCCAAAGCUCGGAAUUUCAGUCCUCGGGAUCCCACGCAUCCACUUUUAUCCUUAGAGACCUCUCCUAAGGAAACCAAAUCCCUUAGACGGAGGGAAACAGUGGCUUCAAGGCCAUCCACCUCUCACAAGCAAGGAGGCACUCUACUUAAUUUUGACGAGGGGGAGCCCGUACCAUCGCUACCCCACCGUCAUCGUGGUAGAGGACACUCCAUCUCGGAGAAGAAUGCACGCGAGGGUGGUGGCCUUAUCAGCUUCGCUAAGUCAUCCCUUGAGACGCCCCCGCUUCCUAAUGCUCCUCCUCUGUUUGCGCAACUCAAGCGACCGCAAACGGCGAAAGGUAGAACCCGGCAUGGCGAGGCGAGUGGCGAUGAAGAUCAAACCCCCUUCACGGGCACCGGCCUUCUUGCGGGCAAGUAUCAGUCUGCAGGAGCAGUCACGGCCGGUCACGGCGUCGCUACAUCCAAAGACGCAAUUGGCAAGAACGGCAAGAUCACCCCAUUGCUCAAUCCUUAUGGCAAGAGCGUCUUCGCACCUGGCAGUCUAUUGGAACAGCGGGAGAAGGAGAUGGGACCCACAGGGCCGAUCAUCGAUAGAGAUUAUCACUCAUCGGACUCUGAUUCGUAG